CUCAGUAAUCUACCUGUUCUCCUGUACCCAGGCACUUUGUCUCCUGGUGAAAUGCUCUGCUGAGCAGCCUGAGGAACUGGCUACUCCCCUUGCUGGCUGAGUGACAGUUCCGCCAGUAUAAAAAGGCACUUGGGACAGACUGUGCUGGGUGUAGCUGAUAGAGAAGCAGAAAGUGGGCUUGUUCUGGGGACUGCAACUAGAAAUCCCGUGUUAGGUUUAGCCACCAACAGGUCUAAGCUACACAAAAUGCGUGAAAUUGUGCACCUCCAGAUUGGCCAGUGUGGGAACCAAAUUGGCUCUAAGUUUUGGGAGGUGAUAAGUGAUGAACAUGGGAUUGACAUCGCUGGAAACUACCGUGGGGGUGCAUCGCUGCAGCUUGAGCGAAUUAAUGUGUACUUCAACGAGGCUUACUCCCAUAAAUACGUGCCACGUUCUAUCUUGGUGGACCUGGAACCUGGUACAAUGGACAGCGUACGAUCCAGCAAAAUAGGCCCACUCUUCCGGCCUGACAAUUUUAUUCAUGGUAAUUCAGGUGCUGGAAACAACUGGGCUAAGGGUCAUUACACAGAAGGUGCUGAACUGAUUGAAAAUGUCAUGGAUGUGGUCAGGAACGAGUGUGAGAGCUGUGACUGCCUUCAGGGAUUCCAGCUCAUCCAUUCGCUGGGUGGUGGCACAGGCUCAGGUAUGGGCACUCUCCUCAUCAACAAAAUCAGAGAAGAAUAUCCCGACAGGAUUAUGAACACUUUCAGCGUUGUGCCUUCACCCAAAGUAUCUGACACGGUCGUAGAGCCAUAUAAUGCCAUCCUCUCCAUCCAUCAGCUAAUAGAGAACACAGAUGAAACCUUUUGCAUUGACAAUGAAGCUCUAUACGACAUAUGCUUUAGAACUUUAAAGCUCACCAAUCCCACAUAUGGAGACCUCAACCAUUUAGUGUCCCUAACGAUGAGCGGUGUCACAACUUCACUCCGUUUUCCCGGGCAGCUGAAUGCAGAUCUGAGGAAGCUGGCUGUUAACAUGGUGCCCUUUCCUCGCCUGCAUUUCUUUAUGCCAGGCUUUGCUCCACUGACAGCUCGAGGCAGCCAACAGUACAGAGCCCUCUCAGUGCCAGAGCUUACUCAACAGAUGUUUGAUGCACGCAACAUGAUGGCAGCUUGUGACCCUCGUCGUGGACGUUACUUGACCGUGGCAUGCAUCUUCAGAGGCCGAAUGUCUACCAGAGAAGUGGAUGAGCAGUUGCUGUCUGUCCAGACCAAGAACAGUUCCUACUUUGUGGAGUGGAUCCCUAAUAAUGUCAAAGUGGCCGUGUGUGACAUACCACCACGAGGGCUGAAGAUGGCAGCUACCUUCAUUGGCAAUAACACAGCCAUUCAGGAGCUUUUCAUCAGGGUUUCUGAACAGUUCUCAGCUAUGUUCAGAAGAAAAGCAUUUCUCCACUGGUAUACUGGUGAAGGAAUGGAUGAGAUGGAGUUCUCUGAAGCAGAAGGUAACACCAAUGACCUUGUGUCCGAGUACCAACAGUACCAGGAUGCAACAGCAGAUGUUGAGGAGUAUGAAGAGGUAGAAGUGGAAGCCAGCCCAGAAAAGGAAGCAGCAUAAAGACAAUGGCAAUAUCAAAACAUGCUCCAAAUAAGCCUAUUGACAGUCACUAAAGAAGCAGCAGUAGCUGUCAUCCACAUACCAAAAAUAGCACCUUUCUUAAGAGUUUUGUCUAUGCAUCUGGCCAACAUAUAUCCACUAUCAUAGUACAGUGCUUUUGAAAUUAAUGGCAGCUGUGCUUUACUCUCCUAAACAACUGUUGACACUGAACCUCUCCAAAACAGAGCCACCAUGAAGACAAGCUGGCCCAAUAAGUCUUUCUUGUAAAUGUACUCACUUUUAGCGUAUUAUCAUCAGAGAAUGAAUGUAAUGUACAGCCUCUCUGUGUCUGUAUAGAGAUCAGGAACAGAAGCCACAGCAAAAUAUUCUAUUGUCAGCUCAUCACAUGUAUUUAUUCUCAGGUAAACAGUCUGUGUUUUAUUUGUGAACUUGUCACUGGGGUUUAGGACACAUGCACUUCUGUAAAGCCUGUAAAGGCAGCAUUGAUUUUAUUACACAUUCCACAGACUGAUGCAGACCUGCAGUUUAGUGCCUUAUGUUGCAGAGGGGAGAACAAUGUGGGGCAAAAGAAUGAAUAUGCACAUUUUUACUACUUUUUUUAAGUACAUUAGUAGUUCUAUCACAUUGCUGGCUUAUAUUAUUGCAGUGCUUGUAUUCAUGAUCAUUGCGUGGUUUGUUUCUAUUUCAAGCUAUAGAUUGAUUUAUGUUAGGAAAGUUGUGAACACUCUUGUAAGUUUUAGUGUGGCUUUC